CGAGACUACAUCAUGACCAGCAAACGCUUGAGUCCGUUUGACUCUGAGCACGUAGACGAGAAGUUCUACCAUGCCGAAGAUCUACAAGACCCACAUGAGAGCACGCUGCACCGUGGGCUCAAGGCCCGCCAAAUGUCCAUGAUAGCACUAGGCGGGACUAUUGGCACAGGUUUGCUCAUGAGCUCCGGAACUGCCUUGGUUCAGGGAGGACCCCUUGGUCUCUGUCUCGGUUUCUUGUUCGUCGGUUUCAUUUGUUUCCUGACUCUUUCAGCCCUGGGGGAGAUGACUGCGUAUCUCCCACAUAAAAGGGGUUUUGCUGGGUAUGCAACGCGUUUUGUGGACCCAGCCCUUGGUUUCGCACUAGGCUGGGUAUACCUGAUCAAGUAUCUCAUUGCUCCUGCGAGUAACAUCAAUGCAGCCGGCAUUGUAAUGCAAUAUUGGACGCUCUCGGUGCCCAUCGAGGUCUGGGCAGCACUGUACAUCACCCUCGUUGUUAUCAUGAACUUGCUUGGUAUACAAUUUUUUGGAGAAUUGGAGUUUUGGAUGAGUGGCAUGAAGGUCGUAUCCCUCGCGGGGUUAAUCCUCCUCGGCAUCAUCGUCGACCUUGGGGGAAACCCCAAACACGAUCGCAUUGGAUUCCGAUACUGGCGACAACCAAACGGACCCAUGGGCAGCUACCUCCUCCACGAGGUGCACAACGAACGUUUCGCGAUCUUUCUUGGAUUUUGGAGCACAUUAACCACUGCGUUGUUUGCAUACAUUGGCAGCGAAUUGGUUGCGGUUACGGCCGGAGAGGCACAGAACCCGAGGAAAACGAUUCCCAAAGCUAUCAAGUCAACAUUUGUUCGUAUCUUUGUGCUCUAUAUUGGAUGCGUGUUUGCGAUAAGUCUUAUCGUGCCGAGCACCAGCACUCAACUCUUAGUAGCCAAUAGCUCGCAUGCAGGCGCAGCAGCAUCACCCUUCGUUGUUGGCAUAACUUUGGUCGGAAUCAAGGGGCUCAACCAUGUCAUCAAUGCGAUGAUUCUCCUCUUUACCAUCAGUGCAGCCAAUAGUGAUCUGUACAUCGCAUCCCGGACACUCUACGGUCUCGCGGUAGAACGAAAGGCGCCUAAAAUAUUCAUGAAAGUGAAUAAAAGAGGUCUUCCUUGGGUGUCUCUGCUUGUUGUAUCGUUAUUCAUGUGCUUAACGUUCUUGAACGUGAGCUCUUCAAGCUCAACAGUGUUCGCAUAUGGGGUCAACCUCCUUUCUGCAUUUGGGGCCAUUACCUGGAUGACAAUCGCUUACAGCCACAUACGCUUCGUGCAGGCGCUCAAGGCUCAAGGCAUCUCGCGCGAUAGCUUGCCGUAUAAGGGGCCCGGUCAACCGAUGGGGUCUUGGUUCGUUCUGGUUUCAACUGGAGUAAUUUUACUUUUCAAAGGGUUCAAUACUUUCCUGCCCUUUACGCCUGGAUUAUUCAUCACGUCAUACCUCCCAGUACCGCUGUUUUUUAUACUCUGGCUCGGGUAUAAACUUCGUUUCCGGACUCGGGUUAUACCAUCGUCCAAGGUUGAUCUAAUCACAGGCAAACGGGAGAUCGACGAGGAAGAGGAACGAUUUGUCUUGGGGGAAAAGGCGCGAGAGGCUGAGUUGUCGAGAUGGCAAAGACUUGCGGGCGCGCUGUGAGCACAGCGCUAUCCGUUUACGUUUGGUGAUGGUGUUCGUGACAACCAAACUCACCAUGCUGCGUUUAAUAUUCACGUACAUUUAUGCAAUCCGACCAGCGGCGAUGCAAUUUCAGGGUGGCCCCCACAUAACGACAGAUAACAACGUGUUCAGUACUGCUCGAGCUGGACGAUUUCCUGAACAAACGUG